GAGGAGGUCCUAGUACACCACAAUCAAGAAUUUUCUAGAUCAUUUCAGAAUGCUUAGAAGCCCACAGAAUCCACAUUGUCAUUAAGCAAUCCCUCACUUUUCCCCACACUUGCAUCAACUACUCCCAGAUGCUACCCCUCAUCUCUGCACAAGGGACACUUUGAGAGCGUGGGAGGAAACUGGAGCACCUGGAGGAAACAGAGUGAACGUGCAAACUCCACACGACAUGUGAGGCAGUGGCUCUACUGCUGGUCCCAUGCUAUAAGAGGGUUUACAUGUAACUAAUUGGUGCCAUGUGGAUCCAUCCAGACAUCUGUUUUAUUUUAUUUAGCAAUACAAGAUGGAACAGACCCUUCCGACCCACCGAGCCGCGCCACCCACUGAUUUAACCCUCGCCUAAUCACAGGACAAUUUACAAUUACCAAUUAACCUACAAACCGGUAUGUCUUUGGACUGGGGGAGAAUACGGAGUACCCAGAGGAAACCUACACGGUUCAUGGAGAGGGCGCAAAACCCCCAAACUCCGGAAUACCUGCAGGCAGAAAAUAGCGUCACAGAAACCACUAUGCUGCCAUAAAUGGUUAAUGAGACCUUCUGUGACCUGGGUUUAAAAAUUAACGAUUAACGUUGGGCUGUCUGUUAUGUAACAGGAGUAAUCACCCACUCCUGAGCUAAAGCAGAACCAGUUAAAGUUCUGGCUGCUGUUCUUUGUGGAAGUGUGGAUCCCCGCUCUCCUGGGGAGUGAACCAUGGCUUCCAGAGCUGGGGAGGAGGUGUUUGUCCAAAAUUUGACAAAACUGCUCCGAAGCUACGGUGACUCUGUGCUGAGUGGGACGAGUACACUCUCCCUGUUGACUAUUGGCCUGCAGAAACUACACCAGCUCUUUGAGCAGCACCUGUUGGCUCGCAAGUACCAGCAUGGGUUUGUCGCACUUCCCUCCCACCCGUCUGAUACAGCCUCAGUCCUGGAGGUGCAGUUCCUCUUCGACGUGUUGCAAAAAACCAUGUCACUGAAGUUGGUGCAUCCCCCAGGACCCAAGCUCCAGACACCCGUCAGAAUCUUUGCUUUUAAAUCCCUCCGAUUCUUAGAGCUGAAGCGUGUUCCUCCUCACUGCUUGGAAGGACUACGGGGUGUCUACACUCGGCUGGAGAUUCUCGUCUGUUCCUACUGCAUCAACACUGUCGAGGAGAUUAUCUCUGUCUGUGGUGGUGAUCUGAGCUCUGCCCUUCCCUGGCCGGACCUGCACACCCUCAACUUCAGCAACAACUUCAUCACGUCGCUCGACAACUCGCUGGGUCUGCUCAAUGUGCUACAGAUUCUGGAUCUGAGCCACAAUCGAAUCCGGGACUGUGCGGAGAAUCUCCAGCUGCUGUCAGAACUGGUGUACGUGAACCUGAGCUACAACCUUCUGGAGAAGGUGCCCAUCUUCAAUUCCUCCUCCCGGGUCCAACUGGUCACUUUAGUCCUACGCAACAAUGAACUGGACGAUAUCACUGGGUUGGAGCUGUUGUCACACCUGAAGUGCCUGGACCUGGCUUGUAACGUGAUCUGUGAGCAUGCCAAGCUUGCCCCGCUCUCGCAUCUCCAUCAGCUUAAGGAGCUCUUCCUCGAAGGGAACCCCGUGUAUUACCUGAGAAAUCACCGUGCCUCCACCAUCUAUCACCUCUCUCCCAAAGCAGCCUUCAUGCGUCUGGUUUUGGAUGGCGAGCCUGUCACCAUGGCAGAACUUAUCUACCUCCCAAAGACCAGCAAGCUCAUUAGCCACACCGGACGUCACUCUUCUCGGGGAAGCGUGCUCAAGAAUGUUCUGGAAUCCUCAACGCCCAGUGAUUACAAUGAUUGCCAACCUUUGACAGAUGGUGUUCCUGCCCCAAUCACACGAAAAAAGAGCAAAGUCAAGGUGCGAGCUGCCAGUAUCUCGGAACCGAGCGACAGCGACCAGGAGGUUCGGAAAAAGGUGGCCCCGUCUCACAUGGUCCUGCAACAUCAGGAGGAUAUUAAGAGAAUGGAUGAACUGCGAGGACAGAUCGGUGACGAUUGGCUACGUUACCAGCACUAUCUCAAUAGCCCCGGCGAGGAGGUGGGCUGCAGGCCCACCGACAGCAGCGCCACCAAGGACGAGGCUGACGCCUCCAUCGGCGACUUCCUGGGCAGCGCCAGCCAGGGGGGCAUCUCUGAGGAUUUGGCUGACCUCGGUCUAGGGCAGGAGGAGGAGGAGGAGGUGACUCUCACUGCCGCUCACCCGGUCGGCCAAGGGGACUGCAGCCCCUCCAGCUACCUUGCCCCUGAGGAUGGUGUUUGUGUGGAUGAAUCAAUGACAAUAUUGGAAAAGAAAGAGGAAGAGCCUGUGAGAGAUGUCUGUCAGCCCUUUAUCGUGGGCCGUGUAGUGGAGGGCGAGCCUGCCCUGGACAACAGCUGGAUCUUCCUGCGUGUGACGGAGGAGGCGCUGCUGGAGGUGGACCUGAUGAAUGCGGACAUCCUGGAGAAGCUGGAACUCAGCACCCUGACCGCUAUCCGCACGGCCGAGGAGUUCUGGCCGAGCAGAGGCCGGCUUCUUCCCUCAGUGGAGUGCUGCUUUAGUUACAUCCGCAGGGACAAACGCAAGCGCAAGUACGUCAUCAUGGAUACAAAUCCCCAGGAGGCCUCUCAGACCCUGAUUAAGAUCCUGACUGAAGCACUGGAGGCCAGGCAGCAGCAGUCGGAACCGGAGGCUUUCUCCAGACUUCAGUGCCUAAAGUGUCGCCACGAGUUCGAGGAGCUACGAAGAACCAGGAGACUGUCCGAGAGCCCGUCCCUCAGACAGGGGGAUGGCCAGGACCACCCAGACACCGAGGUCUCAUCGCCAGCCUUGCCGGCCUGCCCCAAGUGUGCCAGCGAUCACGUGGUCAUCUUGCCGAGCAAGACAGAGAUGCGCACCAGUACACCUGUCCUGCCCGAGGAAGGGGAGCUGAGACAGGACUUCAGAAAGAUCCCGUCCAUGGACAACGACCCCACUGGAAGCCUGAAGAGUGUCGAGUCCCUCGGUGGGGCAGGAGCACCAGGCGACGAUUCUCUGGCAGCUUCAAUCGUAGAGCCGGAGAGCAGUGCCUUCACAGGCGGAAAGAUGGCUAGCUUCUACCUGGACUGUGAGCAGACCUGCAGCAGUGUCAGCACCAGGGACGGUAGCCACCUGUCAGACAGUUCGGGCGCUGAGGAACAGGCCACUGGGGUCACCUCCAGCCCAGGCCUGAAUAGCAGCCAGCUCGGCCAGAGGGGAAGUUCAAACUCACUCUGUGGCAGCCUGACCUGGGCAUUCCGCUACAGCACGCCAGUGGGGUCCACACUGACCCGCCACUCUCCCUACUCUGACAGUGGAGACGAUGCCCCUGGACCCUGCAAAGGGGAUGAUUUUAAUCUGUCUGUUGAGGAUUUUCAGACUAUUGACCAUAGGCUGAAACUCUUUCUUGAUGUGGAGAUCUUCACUGAGGACAAGGAAGAAUACCAGUGCUUCGUUAAGGCAUCUACAGUGAAGUUUGGGAGCCCCGAAGAGUAUGCCUCAUUACUCAUUAUGUCAAACCUCAAUGUCUACAUUUUGGAAAUCACUGGACUGCCCAGCGGUCAGCCAUCGAACUGGCUGAGAAAGCGGGAGGUGCAUCCGAUUCGGGACCUGCUGUACCUGCAAGUGGGUCUGCGCACCCAGAGUAUUGGCAUGGAGUUCGACGGUGCAGGCAGCUCGUACACCCUGCUGAUCCGAAAUCCAUCCAAGUGCAAGAACUUCAUCCAGUUUUUCACAGAAAUGGUUCGGGAGUUAACACCAAUCAGCAAGCUGCAGUCCAUCUCCUUCACCCGAAUGGACCCACAGCACAGACUCUGGCCCCUUAUCCAGGAGCAUCCUGCAGUCCCUUCAACAGACGACAAACGCCCCAAUUACCUGUAUGUGCUGGUGUACUUGAUUCAAGAUGACAUCCUUUCCCCAGUCACCGUGCUGGCUACUUCAUCCACCCUGCACCUGCUGGCAGAGGACCACCAGUGGACAAAGGUGACCAGCGAAGCGGCCAGUCCUCCGCCAAGCAAGAUCCUCAUCAAAGAGUCGCAGCCCAUCAGCAACAUCAGCUCAAUCAGCUUCUACAAGUCUGCCCCGCACGAUGUCCAGCUCAACAUCUACCACGAGGUGAGUCGCACAGAGAGCGCGUGGCACCUGCGGGCAGAGUGCGUGGAGCUGGUGAACAGCCUUGUGACCUGGAUCCGCGAAUACUGGGAGGAAAUGUUCGGAGUGGCCCUGAAAAUCACCGCCUGCCAAGUACCCGAUUAGACUGUGAAAGGGAACUGGGCCCAGGAUGUGGUGGGUGGUUUUGAGGGGGAAAUGAGAGAGGAGGGAGGUAUAUAAAUCCAGCACUCGCAAAGAGCGGAGUUGUAUCACGGUUCCCCUGACGCAUCUACGAAAACGGGGCACUUGCUUUCUGGACAGGUGAGUUUGUUGCCAUUCAGUGCACAGAAGGACUCCAGCAUGUCCCGUGGCAAUUUGUCCCAUUUCUGGAGUGGACUCUCCCACAAGGGCACUUUGCCUUCCUCCUGCCCAGUGAGUUACAGGAGGCUUGGACUGCCCUUGGAGAUUAUUAUCUCCUGCCAGGAGUGAUUCAGGUCUCCCACUGUUGAACCUGUCCUUUGCAGGUGGUGACAGAGAGGUGGAGCUGGAUUUUACUGAAGAGUGUUGAGGUUUUUCACUUUUAUUUCACCAGAGUUAAUGUGAUGACUGUCCACUUCCCACUUUCUCACUGUCCUUUACGUUCCCUUUAUGAAUUCACCUUUCACUCUACAGACCAGAGUCCGAGCACUUAAUCCCAUUUUCCACAGGCUCCACACGAUCCAUGGAAAUGACCUCAGUUUUCCCAGUGAAGGGGCUGCUCCCUGUCUGAAUCAUUGUCCACUCCCCUACCGAACCUCAGUCUCAGAGAGUGGGGAACGAGGUUGCCUCUGUGCUUUACUUUCAGAGAUGAAUGGCAAUGUGGGGGGGGGGGUGGAGCAGGAAAGGUGUCAGCUGCCCAUAUGUUCUGUGAAUCUGAUCUCCAGCACUGCCCCCUCACUCCACUGCCUCCGCUACAGAGGAAGCUGUUCUCCUCUCCCUGGUGAGGUGCAGUGUGUUUAGCUCACAGUUCCGUACACCCCAGAUAGGAGGUGAGCAAUGUAGCGGACAAGGGACUGUGGAGUGUGCACUGUCCUCUGCCCAGGCCGGGCUGUGGCACAGCUGUCAAGGACAGAGUGCUCCUCCCUUUGCACACCGAGCUGCUUCCACCCCUCUAUCUUACUGAUUUCCAGACUCCAUGCCACCCCCUCCCGAAAGGCAGGGAAGACCACAGUACCUCCAGAUCAUCUCCCAUGGUGAUGGUCAGGCUGCCCACCCCUCUUGGUGUGUAUUGGACAGAUGUACUCAUCUGUCUAAUUCCCAUAUCCCUUGAAUACUGGGAGCAGAGACCCCCAUCCACAUUUGCUGAACUGCACUCCCUAUGCUAAAUGCCUCUACUUGUGAUGACUCAUUUCCCCCUUCUUCACCCUCCUCGUUUUUUUUUUAAAUACAAUAUUGAUAUCUCCUCUGUGCUAGGACUUUCUGCCUGUGACCUGGGUUCAUUGAUCAGGCCUGAUGGCAGUGUGAGUAGGUAGGUGCUGUAUGAACCAUGCUCUUCCCCACACACACUUCUUUCCAUUCCCAUUUCUUGGCCAACUGCCCUCUCUCUCCUCCCCACAACCCUCCCCCCCCAGCCACUCUCUCCUCUGCUCCCCUUUCUCCCCAACUCUUCCCUUGCCCACCCCUCACAUCACCUUGCCUAGUUGUAUUUUCACAAAGGCCACUAGGCCCACACGUUUGCGCACCGAUGCUACAGAAGGCGCAAUGCCCUAUACCUCCCUGCACCUCUCUCCUGCUCCUUCCACCCUUCCCCAACUCGGGUGGGGAGCUUAAUGCCCCGACACCACCCAAUGGUAACCCCUCCUUUGAGGGGGGAGUGGGCAUGUGGGAUAAUGGGGCUUGGCCAGUCAGUGGUGGUGAAAGACAAACACACAGGCGCGCACAGACAGAGAGAGAGAGAGACAUAUACACGCAGACGCACGCAGAUUCACACAUGUGCACAGAGACAUGCGCUUGCAGACGCACGCAGAUUCGCACGCACAUGCAGAGACACUUUGGAACAGGCUGUGUUCUAGCACAAGUUUCUCAUUCAACUCCCAGCCCACCUCCCCAUCCCAUUAACUGCUUGAACAGCCCAGCGUUCUGAGCCACACAUUCAAAGAAGUUUAAAGUUUUUAAAGAGGCCAUUUAUAUUGCUGCCCCAGUCCCCCUCAGUCUCCCCAAAAUGGAGAUGAGAGAAUCCACCUUUUCUGGGUGCCUGCCUCUCCAGAUAUCUGUACAGGACAGUCACUUGCACUGAGGCUGCAUUGUAUUUAUUUUAAAGUAUAUUUGCUAUGCAAUUUAAAUGUUGUGUUGCAAAGCCUGUAUUUUUGAUAAUUUUGUCAAUAAAUUUCUUUGUGAGGCUGUUGUUUCUGCGUAUAGUCUCUGUCUGACACUUGGAUCUUUCCCUGUUUGCCCCCACCUGUCAGCAGUUCCCUGCGACCAGCAUCCAUUACCUCAC